GGUCUGGGCUAUACGGCAACUUUGGCGAAUAAAGAUGAUCAUUUGAAACGUUUGGAUCAGUCAGAAGAAAUCGCGAAGCGAAGUUUUCAGAUGGAGGACAUCUCUGUUGGUAUCGUUAAUAUUUGGCAUACCAGUCCUCGCGAUAAUGAUAUAUUUUCAUUGGAUCCACCACUCUCAAAAAAAUCCAGCGCAUCAAAUUCCGAUUUUUACACAUGCACUCAGUCUUGA